GCUCCUGCCAUGUCCACCGCCGGUGUGGCGCCCUUCCUCCGGGACAGACCGUUUACCAACACCUUUGCCUCCAAGCAGCUUGAGAAAUACGGAUGGGAGAGCGGAGAUGGGCUGGGUCGGAACAAGCAAGGCCGUAAGGAUGCGAUCAAGACGCGGAAGCGGGCGAAUGGUGUGGGACUCGGGGCUGAGCGCAAGCCGGUCUCCUUUGGUGAUCGGUGGUGGGAGAUCCUGGCCAACAAGACGGCGGCUCGUAUCACCUCGGGCGCAAACUCGGCCGAUUCGGACUCGGACUCGGACUCGGAUUCGGACUCGGAGGAUAGUGAUCCGCGCUCGGGUCUCGCGGCGUUUGCUGCUCGCGACUCGGCCGCUCAGCGCAUCCGGAGUCAAGAGCUUUACCUCGGCAAGUUUGUCCGCUCGCCCGUCCUGCUCUCCAUGGAGAUGAUGAUGGCCAAGGAGAAGGCUGCCAAAGAGGAGGCUGCUGCUGCCGCCGCCGCCGCUGCUGCUGCAGACAAGGCUGCCAAAGAGAAGGCCACAGACGAUGACUCGGACUCGGACUCGGACUCGGACUCGAGCGCUGCCGAUGCGAGCCUGCCUAAGGUCAUGGAUCUCAACUCGAUCCUCACCGCCUGUGAGGGCCGCGUUCUGUCCAAGGGCGCCCGUGUAGGCGCCGGCGUCGGCAAGCUGGCUCGUCUGGCCGAGCAGGAUCGCCUGCGCAAGACUGGCGCUUCCCUCGACGUCACUGUAGGCGCCAAGCGCAAGCGUAACUCGCACGCCGCACGCGGCGCCGCCGCCGCGCUUGCCGCUGCCGAGCGCGCGCUCGCAGAGGCUGGCGAUGCCAAGCGAUCCAAGAACCUCAAGGGCAAGUCCAAGUCCAAGUCCAAGUCCAAGUCCAAGAAGAAGUCCAAGUCCAAGUCCAAGAAGAAGUCCAAGAAGAAGUCCAAGAAGAAGUCCAAGAAGAAGAAGGACAAGUCAAAGUCCAAGAACAAGGCCAACGACGAUGAUUAGCUCCUCGUCGCCGAUUCAUCGACCCCGAAGCACAGACUUUGCUGUGGCUGCUCCUGCAAGCUGUGUACCCCGUCACCCGACAGGCUUCUGAAUAAUGAAUCGCUACUCGUCAGACA